UACACUUCCUUUCUCGAAACACAAACAUCCUACCUUACCCGCCACAGUGAAGCCAAAACAUUUUACACAAUGUCUUGUUUUAAAGUUCACCAACGUGAUGUUUUCAUUUAGUGGAUAUCUGUUUGAGCGUCACGGGAUGAUGAUUGACUAGAAAAACUGUGUGCACGUUUGAGCUUCACGGGUAUUCAGUUAUUACAGCUUAUUAAUGACACAAUAUAAGUUAGGCCUAACCACCAGCACGCGCAGGUAAACUGGACAUAUUGCGCUUUCUUCUGGACGAGCUGUUUUUCCUCUUGGUGUCAGUAUAAUCAUGACUUAAAGCGACGCAGUAUUAUGGAUGACAUUAUUUCUCUCAGCUCGGGCAGCAGCGACGACGGCGGCGGUUCUGAUGUUGUUUUUAUAAGCACUUAUCAAGAAGCCAAAGACGACGCUGUGCCGUUUAUACGAGAAGAAUGGCUUCCAGUUACACCUGUUCUCAUCGAUAUCACCGAUCAAAAGUUGACCCCUUCAAUUAGAAAAGGCUCAAAGAGAAAUAGCAUUUCUCCAAUCCUUAUAGAUCUAAGUGAAGUCUGUCCAUCUGACGAGGAUUCAUCAUUAAUAGACAAGCACGAUAAAAACUCUGCUGUGUGUCCACUAACAGGAUCUCGGCGAUGUGAAUCUCAGACCAGUGACAUUGAUAAAGAUGUAGUCAGUCCUGAGUGUUUCCGAUCGAGCAGCGUACGGUCUGAUCUCUCAGUGUCACCUCCUCAAGAAAACUCUUUGUCAGAGCCCAUUAUCCAAAGGACAAAUUCAACUUUAGCGUCUGAACAGUCAAGCUGGGACAAGACAUCCUUUGAACACUUCAGUGACAUUUCAAGUAAAAACCCAAAGCCUUUUGAAAGAUUGACUGAAGAAUCGAAAAACUCUGUUACAGUGUCAUCUGUGAACACUAAAGAUGCACAGCUCUCUAAACCAGAAGCCGAGCAAAGAAAAUCUCCAGAAAUAUGGGAUGCUGGUUUUUACUCUCCUACUUAUAGCCUUGAUAGCCCAUAUUACUGUCCAAGUGAAGUAGAUGCUAUUUUAUUCUCAGAUGUAUCCAGUAACACAUCAUGGAAGAAUCAGCAGUCACCUCAGAUCUUAGCGUCCGAUACCGUUUCAUUGAAGGAGGACGGUCAAACUACAAAUAUUGGUGAAAACAUGGACGUAGAUAAAACUUCAAUAACAGAAAUUCAGGCUUCGUCUCCCAGCACGGUUCCUUUGUUGGGUUUAUCUCUGUCCUGUAGUCCAGGGCUUACAUAUGUUAAAGCAAACAGUCCCACGUCCACCGAGCUUCUUGCCAGCGACACAAUGACACAUUCACCUGGUCGCUCUAUAAGGAGCUCACCAAGUAGCCUCAACAGCUUCCCAAUCUCUCCAUGUUCCUCACCAUUUAAAGCAAGCAUCGAUGAAGGACACGAAGAUGUGCUAGAUAACAUGGAGUCAGAUCUUUCCAAAGACAACCCUCAAAACAGACAACAGAUUUGUCUGGCCGAGUACAGAAAAUUGAUGCAGUGUAUGGUUGGAACAGUUUCACAUAUGCUAGCCGAUGGGGAGGAAGACGAAGACUUUGGUUCUCCUGAACCGCUUUGUCGUCAGAGCCUCAGUUUGGUCAACAGCACCAUUGAGGAGAAUUAUCCAGAAGGCACUCUUCAGCUGCUCGCCGACUUCAUUCAGCCUCGAUACUUCCCACCUGUGGAUAUCACCAAACACCUGCUCAGGGGGAUUUUCUUGGACCCCCAAAGCUCGGAAGUCCUGGCCAUAGAGGCCUAUAACCUAUUGAUGAAGACGCAGAGAUACCACCCAGCGAAUACAUCUACAGUCCCGUGGGAUUGGCAACUGCUGACGUCGGUUAUGGAGGAACAUGAUGACAGUAAGAGGUUACGGACGGAGGUUCGCUGUUUGCUGCUGCAGUACGUGCUGAAGGUUUUAGAAGAUGAUUUUCAGUUCAGACUUACAAAACAGUGUCUUCAUCUCUCUCUCGUAAAGAAAAUGCUUUCUUGUGAGCAGAGGUUCACACAUGUCAAGGAUCUUAUAAACUGGAUGAUGAAUGCUGCUAAGGAAUCAGUGAACCACAAGAAGGAGACCAACAACUAUCUUAAGAUGGUUUUGUCGCUUCAGAGGAUGUUGACGUUGGCCCUAGAGGUGGACAAGAACCCUGAAAGCAAUUCUAAUAAACUUUCACAGGAACUUUUCUUAAGACUGAUUCCAAGCAGACAGAUAAGGAGCACCUGCUUCAUGUCUCUGAGCUUGCUGCUACACUACUUCCACAACUCCACGCUGGCUUCAGACCCUUCAGAUGGAGAAGAGAGAUGGAGAAGCUGGAGUGAACUUCUACAACUUCUGUGGAUGCUGACUCUCAGUUAUGAAGAGGCAGUAACGGGUCACCUCAACCUCCCCAUCACAGAGCGUUUUGAUAGGAUGCGCUCUCCACUGUGGACCAGAAAUGACCAGGUGACACACUCAGCGGUGCGAGAAGCGAUCGAUGUCUUCCUAUCUCGUGCAGUGAAAGAUGUCGGUCAAAAUCUUCCCACGGAAAUGCGGGAGUCACUUUUCCAACUACAGGACCACAUUAUUGAUUUCUCCAGUGUUAUUCAAAUAAAUUGACUUUUGUAAAGAUUUGUUUGUAUAUUUUAAAUACAUUUGUUUUAAAUACUCGGAAAUGACUUGUGUAAAUGUUCAUCAAGACUCGCAGAACAACACUUAAUGAGUGCAUUAUUCAGCAUCUUUAAGACAUGGCACCUUUAUAGAAACACAUGCUUUUUGUCUUUAACAAAUUUUAAAGUCGCCAUGAAAUGGCA